AUGCCUAACGGCGGGUCAACCAGGAAACAGGGGCCAGAUGCCGAGGAGGUUUUUAGUCGGUAUGGGAUUUCAUUUUUUCCGAGUCCGACAUAUCCAAGGGCAGUGGCCUGGGAAUACGUAAAUUGCCCUGUUUGCUCCAAUCACUACAAGAUCACACCAGACGGGAAACUUUGCCGUCAUGGUGGAAGGGUUAAAGGCCAGGAAUGCUCGGGUUCGAGGAAAAAGGUGGAUGCACCACAGGUUGUGACCGGUCCGCCUCACGUAGCCGCAUCUAGCGAUGGACUCGUAAUGGGUGCGAUGACGGCUGUUUUGAAACGCGUACCACUGCACGAUCACAUUCCAAAACCGUGUAGAGAAAAAUGUAGCAAUGCACUGCACGAGUUACUGACGGCCGUUUGUUGUGACUCCGGUGAUCCCGCUCACUGGUGCAGACUUUUUUUGUUUUUUCCAUACGUCCUUCAAAAACCUGCCAAAGGGGGACGCCGGGUAACGUCCCUGCUCUCGGGUUUUGAAAACCACAUCAACGCAAAUCCACGCGGCCACAACCCCGACCGGUGGAUAAAUGCGGUGUCUUCUUGCAUAGAGCAGGGAAACGUUUCAGCAGCCGUGCUCAAGGCCAUAAAGUCUUUUGGAAAUGGCUCGUCCAGGAGUCACGACGGUUUGCGUCCUCAGCAUCUCAAAGACCUACUUUCCGGCCCCCUGCCAAUUGACGACUUAUUAAUUUCCCUAACGAAAUUUAUAAAUUUGGUUCUGUCGGGCGCCUGUCCACCCACGGAACCAUCUGGCAUUUCAGUGCAAGAUGGCAAGCGACCAGACGGUUGUACUCUUACUUCCUGGAGAGCCGGUAAAUGUUUGGCUUGGGAUGUUACGAUUCCUGGGACCUUGGCCGAGCGAUUAGAUGCUGAUUCAAUUUUUGUCAAUGACGUGGUAAUUCCAUUCUGUGAUAAGGCAAAGAAUUUGGAAAUAUUGUACAAGCAAGAGUUGUACAUAGCAAAACUAUUAGAAAAUAUGAAUGUAAACUAUCUUGCCAGCAAACCGACCAGCGCACCUGAAUAUCAUACGCUGGAAAUUGUCCCUCCAACUAAGCAAACUAAACAAAAGCAUUUUAUUGACAACAGAGUUAACAACAACAACAAUUUCAGCAGCAACAACUGCGACGACAACAACGGCAGAUGUUUACUGAAACGCACAGAUUCUCCCGCCAAUGAAAGUCCAAACAACGACGAUUGCGAGUCUACGAUGUUCAGGGUAUGCGUUGAAAGUAGCGAUGCUGCUAAGAUGAAAAAUCCGGACGUUAUUUUGCAACAUAUCAUCAUCAAAGAAUGGAGGUUCAACCCAAUAAAAACCGAUGACAAAAACAACAACAAACAUGAAGAAUGA